GAGAGAGAGAGAGAGAGAGAGAUGGGAAGUGGUAAAAAUAUAUAGGAGCUAACUAGCACAUCAAGUGGGAGUCUGAGUCAUUAGAAGGUAGGUAAAUAAUGGCAUUCAUGGUGGAGAGGAGGAGGAGGAGGAGAAGUGAAGAGAUGGUUUUUUCUGCAAUGGAAUCUGAUGAAUAUUCUGAAUCACAAAAGGGAUGUGAAGCAGUGGCAGUGGCAGCUGCACCAUUUCUGACAAAAACAUACGAACUAGUAGAUGAUCCUCUCACUGAUCACAUAGUGUGUUGGGGUGAGAAUGACAACACUUUUGUUGUCUGGAGACCCCCUGAAUUCUCCAGAGACCUCCUUCCCAACUACUUCAAGCACAACAACUUCUCUAGCUUUGUUCGCCAGCUCAACACUUACGGUUUUAAGAAGAUAAUGGCAGAUAGAUGGGAAUUUGCAAAUGAGUGCUUCAGAAAAGGAGCAAAACACUUGUUAUCAGAGAUACACAGAAGAAAAACUUCUCAACAACACCAUCACCAACAACACUACCACCACCAUGAGCAACAACCACCAGCUCCUCAGUUUUUCCAACCAGAUGACAAUGGUAUAAACUGGAUUGAUUCCCCAUUACCAUCCCCAAAACCUGGUUUAGACAUCCUAACAGAGCUCGCAGAAGAUAAUCAGCGGCUGCGAAGAAGGAACUACAUGCUUAUAUCAGAACUCACCCACAUGAAGAACCUUUACAGUGACAUUGUCUACUUCAUUCAAAACCAUGUUAAGCCAGUACAGAACAGUGAUCAAACAUCCAUUGAUGCAGUUCCGAAGCUUGUUGAAUUGGGCACUUUGCAUCAUCAGACUCAAUCUCUUUCCAAUUGCCAAACCAUGAAAAACUACAGUUCGUGUGAUGGCUCCGAAACAAAUGGUACUGUAAAGCUAUUUGGGGUCCCUCUUUGUGGGUCUCAAUAGCGGUUCAAAGAGUUUUUGAGAGCUUAGACUAAAUGUUAAACGAGAACUUAUUUUAG